AUGGCUGAUCGGGGAACUGGUGCCCGCGGCGGCGGCUUCGCUUCUCGCGGCGGUGAUCGUGGUGGCGACCGUGGUCGCGGUGGUGACCGUGGCCGUGGCCGUGGUGGUCGCCGCGGUGGGCGUCGGGGCGGCAAGAACGAGGAGAAGGAGUGGCAGCCCGUCACCAAGCUCGGCCGUCUCGUCAAGGCCGGCAAGAUCAAGAGCAUGGAGGAGAUUUACCUGCACUCGCUCCCUAUUAAGGAGUACCAGAUUGUCGACUUCUUCCUGCCCAAGCUCAAGGAUGAGGUCAUGAAGAUCAAGCCCGUCCAGAAGCAGACCCGUGCCGGUCAGCGCACCCGGUUCAAGGCCAUCGUCAUCAUUGGCGACUCCGAGGGCCACGUCGGUCUCGGUAUCAAGACCUCCAAGGAAGUGGCGACUGCCAUCCGUGCCGCCAUCAUCAUCGCUAAGCUCAGCGUCAUCCCCGUGCGUCGUGGUUACUGGGGCGCCAACCUUGGUCUCCCCCACUCUCUGCCCACCAAGGAGAGCGGCAAGUGCGGUUCCGUCACCGUCCGCCUUAUCCCUGCUCCCCGCGGUACCUCUCUCGUCGCUUCUCCCGCUGUGAAGCGUCUCCUCCAGCUUGCCGGUGUUGAGGAUGCCUACACCUCGUCGUCCGGCUCGACCAAGACCCUCGAGAACACCCUCAAGGCCACCUUCGCGGCCGUCUCCCACACAUACGGCUUCCUUACGCCCAACUUGUGGAAGGAGACCAAGCUCAUCAGGAGCCCUCUGGAGGAGUUUGCCGACACCCUCCGGGACGGCAAGCGGUACGCUCAGUAG